CUCUUCACAAUGUCCGGGGCACUUGUUAAAAAGGCAAGCGCUGGGCCACACCCCUCCACUGAACCCUAACCCCUGGGGUCCGGGCCCAGCCCAGGAGGCCUGACAGGCUCCGCAGGUGAUGCUCUCUGGGCCAGGCACUCAGGAGUCCGGCGGCACCAAGAAAAUCUCACUCUUGGCACAUCAGAAUCACCUGUGCAGAGUUAACAAUCCCCAGCGACCUGGCCACGCCCCAGACUAACCCUGUCGGAAUCCCUAAGGAGGGGCUCAGGCACCAGAAGUUUUCCGAGUUGCCCCGGCGAUUCCCGAGAGCUGCUGUGGUUGAGCACCCGCAGGUAUGAAGCGGCCACUGAGCCCAUCUCCUCCCGCUGAGAAGGAGCCCCCCAUACCCGGAGCUGCUGAGUGCCCUCCUCCGCCCCCAGAGCCACCUAAGCCCAAGCGUGAGAGAAAGCGGCCAUCGUACACGCUGUGUGACGUCUGCAACAUCCAGCUGAACUCGGCAGCCCAGGCCCAGGUGCACUGUGAGGGGCGGGCCCACCAGAGGCGGCUGCGGCAGCUCAGCCUGGGAAAGGCCCCCGCAGGGCCAGCAGGCCCGGCAUCCAGCGCCCCCAGCCCUCUGCUGGCCUCCCUGCCCCUGCCCACCAGGCCUCUGCAGCCCCCGCUGGACUUCAAGCACUUGCUGGCCUUCCACUUCAAUGGUGCCGCCCCGCUCAGUCUCUUCCCCAACUUCAGCACGAUGGACCCAGUCCAGAAAGCGGUCAUCAGCCACACCUUCGGGGUCCCCACCCCUCUGAAGAAGAAGCUCUUCAUUUCCUGCAAUAUCUGUCACCUGAGGUUCAACUCCGCGAACCAGGCCGAAGCACAUUAUAAAGGCCACAAACAUGCCAGAAAACUCAAGGCCAUUGAAGCCGCCAAGAGCAAGCAGAGGCCCCAAACCCGGGCCCAGGAUGGGACGCUGGAGUCCCCAACCCUACCUGUAGCCACUGGAGCCCCCACAGAGCCACAGAGCAAAGCACUUCCUGCAGACCCCCCGCCUGGCCCCCCACUCCAGCCACCACUGACCCUGGACCCAAUACCCCGGGAGCUGGCCCACUCAGAACUCUUGGAUGCGGCCUCCUCUUCCUCUUCUUCCUCCUCCUGUCCGCCCUGCUCCCCAGAGCCCGGGAGAGAGGCACCAGGGCCUGAGCCGGCGGCAGCAGCUGCCGGAAGUGGUGUGAGUGGGGAAAGCGGGGGUGAGAAGGGGCGCCUCUACUGCCCCACGUGUAAGGUGACCGUGAACUCCGCCUCCCAGCUUCAGGCUCACAACACAGGAGCCAAGCACCGGUGGAUGGUGGAAGGUCAGCGAGGGGCUCCCCGGAGGGGCCGGAGCCGCCCGGUGCCCCGGGGAGGAGCUGGACACAAGGCCAAGAGAGUGGCUGGGGCUCGCGGGGGCAGGCAGGGCCCCAGCCCCCCUUUUCAUUGUGCCGUCUGUCAGCUCCAGGUCAAUUCAGAGACGCAACUCAAGCAGCACCUGAGCAGCAGGAGGCACAAAGACCGCCUGGCCGGGAAGCCCCCCAAGCCCUCCAGCCAGCACAGCAAGCUGCAGAAGCACGCGGCGCUGGCUGUGAGUAUCCUCAAGUCUAAGCUGGCCUUGCAGAAGCAACUCACCAAGACGCUGGCAGCCCGCUUCCUGCCCAGCCCGAUCCCUGCCACGGCCGCGGCCAUCUGUGCCCUGCCAGGCCCCUUGGCCCUCCGGCCUGCCCCCACUGCGGCCACCACCCUCUUCCCGGCUCCCAUCCUGGGCCCAGCUCUGUUUCGCACCCCAGCAGGGGCUGUCCGUCCUGCCACGGGACCCAUCCUCUUCGCCCCCUAUUAGCCCUCCUAGGGAGGCCAGGGCCGACUUCCCAGCAGUCACUCUCCCCAAGAUGCCUCGGUUCCUCCAUCCUCCGGGGAACUUUUUACAGCCUAGGGGCUCCUGACCAAUCGAGGUAGAGCUGGGCUCCUUCCAAGGGCAGCUGCCCCUCAUUCCAUCUGGACUGGGGAUUCAACUCAUAACCCCUGGCCCCAGGGCCACCCUCACCCUCAUGUCUCUAGCCUCCUCUGGCUAGACCUGGGCUCCCAUGCAUUUCCCAGACUGACUUACAGGGAGCAAGCAGAGAAAUCCCAAAGGUCUAUGCAAAAUCCAGCCCCAGCCUCACGGUGCCCUCACUUCCCCCACUCCAGACCCAUACGCCCCUGGCCAAAGGCCCCAGAAACCUUAGCUUCUGGCCUGGGGACAAGUAUGUGCCUGACCUCCACUGCCAUGUGCUGGCGAGGCCCUCCCCACUCACUGGGUUCUCUGGAGAGGGGCUGGAGAUGAGGGGUGGGCUGGUAGUCGGCUCAAAGGGAAAAGGACAGGAUGACCCUGGGGGCGUGGUCAAGACUGGAGGGCAAGGGAGCGGUGCUGAGGGGGAGUAUGGCCCUGCGGGGGAUGGUGCUGAAAGCUUCCGGGGGGUCUUCAUCUGCUUGAAAGGGAUGGGGCUAGGCCAGGGUGGUGAAGAUGAUGUUCUGCCUGGGCCCAGUUCUAACAGAGAAAGGGAUCAACCCCCUCUUAGCCUUUUACUGAUUUUCCCGAACCCCAGCUCUGGGGUGGGAAGCCCUGGGUCUUCCCCAGACUAGAGACCCAGUGAACACCGAGUCCCCCAGGGGUCCCAGACAAAGAGCCUUCCUCUCUAGCUCUUUACCCAACUGGUCCCCAGCACUAAAUUCGGCCUUCCCUCCUCCCAGCCAGCACCCCAAGCCUCCCUCACCGUGAAGCCGAGUGUUGGGAUCCAGCCUGACGGUCCCACAGACCCAGUGGGCUGUCAUCAAAGUAAAUGUCACAACCCCCGUCCUGCCCCAGCGCCU